AAAAAGAAGUGAUGUGUUUAGUAAGUGGGGGAACAGCGCGAUAAUCCAGCUAUGGAAUGUCUUUCCCAAUACUAAUAAUUAUCCAAAAGCAAAUCAAUUAUCAAAAAUCGAAUCUCCUCCGAAACUUUCUCAAAUUUUGAACAAACGCGUUUUGUUUCCUUAAUCUGUUUCAGCUAUUUCUUACCGAAGCUACCAAGAAACUUCCCCUCACAAACAUUCUCCUUCUAUCAAAGCCUAUAUAAACCCUACACUCUCUACAUCACAAUAAUCACUUUUCUUAUAAUAAUCUGUUUCAAAACAACAUGAGCUACUACGAUCAUCAACAACAGCCUCCUGUUGGUGUUCCUCCCCAACAAGGGUAUCCACCAAAAGAUGCUUAUCCUCCACCAGGGUAUCCUGCACAAGGUUACCCUCAACAAGGGUAUCCUCCUCAAGGGUACCCUCCUCAACAAGGUUAUGGCUAUCCUCCACCACAGUACAGUCAACAACCUCCUCCUCAGAAACAAGAAGUUGGUUUUCUUGAAGGAUGUUUGGCUGCACUCUGCUGCUGUUGUAUGCUAGAUGCUUGCUUUUGAGUUAGAAGCUGCUGCUGUUGGCUCAUUACUGACUGGAUUUUAGGAUUUCUUUAUGCUAUUAUUUAGAUAAUAUGUCUUAUUUUGACUCUCAGAGGAUUUUUAAUUCCUCUAGUUUCUAUAAUUCUGUAUCUAAACCAGUGAAUUCAUGAAUUUUAUUUUUUAACUUUGAA